UGCUAUCUUGGAAGUUAAAGCAAAUUGACAGAGUCAAGGGAGGGAAAAUUUUCAACAGUACAGAGAGAGAGAGUGACGAGUUUCUUUCUUCCUCUGGAAAUGAUGAAUACCCCAGAAAAGACCCAGAUCAGCUCUUCACUCUCUAAGUUUGAGGAUUCUCCGGUCUUUAACUAUAUCAACAGUCUCUCCCCCAUCAAGCCUGUCAAAUCCGUGCAUGUUACACAGACAUUCAACCCGCUUAGUUUCGCAUCACUGCCCUCUAUUUUCACUUCGCCCCAUGUCAGCUCUCACAAGGAAUCUAGGUUCCUGAAAUGCUCUACAGAUCCAUCAAAACCCGAGUUGUCUUCUGCUGAUGGGACUAAAGUUAGUCCGGUGGAGGAUGCCGGUGUGGAUGUACAUGAGAAUUUCGAUCCAGCAGUUUCCCUGGGUGAGGUUUCUUUUGAGCUGCCUAAUGAACCAUCAAGGAUUGCAAUCGAGCUGCCACAGACGUUAAAAUAUGAUUGUGGUAGCCCUGACUGUGCUCCAACACCUUGUGUAAUCGAGAUGAAUUGUGUCUCUCAACCUACCUGCACAUCUCUCGCGAUUGUACCGUUCGUUCAAGAGGCCUCUCAAAAAGGUUUAUCUGAUGGCGUGGAAGUAGCUGCCACUUUCCAGAUCGAGCGAAAAAAGGAAACGAUUGGAUCUGAGUGGGAGAGUUUGAUUUCUGAGACAGCUGACCUAUUGAUUUUUAGUUCCCCCAACGACUCUGAGGCUUUUAGGGGUGUAAUUCUGAAAUCAUUGGACCCUGGUAGUACAAUUUGUUCUACUCUUAUUUCGCAGUUCCCACAAGAUGAUAUCAGUGAUUAUAAAGAUCAAACUGAAGGAAUCACUGGGCUCAGCGAAAUUAAUAGUGUGAAUGAAAGUUUUGAGGAUAAUAAUGUGACAAACAUCGUGCCCGGCAGUCUGACUGAUCAUAUGGAAAAUCGCAUGUCCGCCCCAUAUUCUAUUGAGCCUGGUUCUAAUUUGCAUCGCGGGUUCAGACGGCGCUGUUUAGACUUUGAGAUGCUGGCAGCUCGAAGGAAGAACUUAGAUGGCGGUUCAAAUACCAACUCUUCUGUCGAUAACAAAUUGAAGCCCAGUAAGGCUGGCUGUGAUUCCUCAAGGUGCAUUGUACCCGGAAUUGGUUUGCACCUAAAUGCUCUAGCAAUAGCCUCGAGGGAUAACAAUAAUUCGAAGCUUGAAACUUCAUCAUCUGGGACACAAAAGCUAAUUCUCCCUUGCACCACUACAUCCAAUUCACCCACAGCAGAUAACGAAACUGCACAUGAAUCUUUACUGGCUUCUGUCUCGACCAAAAGAGAAACCGAUGAUGUCGAAAAUGGGGUUCAACUUGCAGAAGAUGCUUCUCAGGCAUCUGCCUAUUUAGUUAAUGAAGAGUUCAAUCAAAAUAGUCCAAAAAAGAAGAGGCGGAGAUUGGAACAAGCCGGAGAGAGUGAGGCCUGUAAAAGAUGCAAUUGCAAGAAAUCGAAGUGUCUGAAACUCUACUGCGAAUGCUUUGCUGCUGGUGUAUACUGCAUCGAGCCUUGUUCUUGUCAAGACUGCUUUAAUAAGCCUAUCCAUGAAGAUACUGUACUUGCAACUCGCAAGCAGAUCGAGUCUCGAAACCCACUUGCAUUUGCUCCCAAAGUGAUCAGAACCUCUGAUCCGAUACCCGAAGUUGGAGAUGACUUGAUCACAACACCGGCUUCAGCUCGACAUAAACGAGGAUGCAACUGCAAGAAAUCAAAUUGCCUGAAGAAAUAUUGUGAAUGCUUUCAGGGUGGUGUCGGAUGUUCCAUCAACUGCAGAUGCGAAGGCUGUAAGAAUGCAUUUGGUCGGAAAGAAGGAUCUGCUAUUUUGGAAGCCGAAGGAGAUCCCGGAGAAGAAACAGAUCCUUCGGAGAAGAAUGCAGCUAACAAAAAAUUCGAAGAAACAGACAUCUUGAAUAACGAAGAGCAAAAUCCAGCUGCUCUCCCAACAACUCCAUUACAGCUUUGCAGACCUUUGGUUCAACUGCCAUUUUCAUCUAAGGGUAAACCGCCACGGUCCUUUAUCGCCAUUGGAUCAUCUUCCGCACUGUAUACCGGGCACAUAUAUGGAAAGCCUAAUAUUAUCCAACCACCAAACAUUAUCGAAAAGCAUUUCCAAUCCGUUGCAGAAGAUGAAACACUCGAGAUUCUACAAGGCAAUUCUUCUCCGGGAACCAGCAUUAAAACGUCAUCCCCCAACAGUAAGAGGAUCUCUCCUCCACAAUGUGAGUUAGGGUCAACCCUUGGUGGUGGUCGGAGUGGCCGGAAGUUGAUAUUGCAGUCAAUACCCUCAUUUCCUUCUCUUACUCCUAAGCAUUAAAAGAUGAAAAUUCUUUAAAAUCUGUCAUGUUUUCUUUUAGGCUGUAUCUGUGUAAUAA